GUAGUUUGGCAGCAAAGUGUGCUGAUGUAUUGAGGUAUUUCUAUGUACAGACAUUACUAUUGGAUUAAAUACUGCACACUGUAAACUACCUUUUUACAAAAGCUGUUCAUUUUUACAGAAUCUACAGAUGUUGACGUAUCUUCAUUAAUUCUCAAUUCCUUAUCAUGUAGGUCGAUAAUGAUUGACCGUGACCUUAAGGAACUCAAUGCCAUAAGAAGAGUUUUUCCAACAGCCAAGGUUCUUCUUUGCUGGUUUCAUGUACUCCAGGCUGUACAUAGGUGGAUGGUUAAAAGAGAUGGAGGGAACUUGCCAGUGAAUCAGCGGAAUCUUGUGAUUCAAGCAAUGGUGGCAAUGAAAUCCUGUUUAACGGAAGAAGAGUUCAACAGCAUGUCAUCCAGAAAGUGUGAAGAGCUCGAUACAUGUCUUGGUAGUUCUCAUGUAUCAACCUACCUCAAGAAUCAGUGGAUUUGUUUUGGUGAUUUAUGGUCCAAUUUUGGCAGGUCAUUUUAUCACCAUAACAGCGAAACCAACAACAAGGCAGAGAGAUUUUUUCUUACAAUGAAGUACCAGUUCCUUAAGGGAAGAAUAAAUAGCAGGAUUGAUCAGCUUCUUCGCUUACUGUGUGGUGAUGUCCAAAAAUAUUACAGUUACCUGGAUGACCUCACAGAAACUGGACGAAUCAAAGGAGCAAACACUGAAGAGACCACUAAUGCCGCCCAUUCUAUGAUUGCAAAAGGCCUGGGUGCAAAAGUGGAGAUAAAAAAUGGAGUGUGUUUGGUUCCACCCGACACAAGCACACAAUGUCACAGUGUGGACUUGGUCAUGCACAAAUGCGACUGCAAAAGAUUCCAAUGUGGAUGUGUGUGCAAACACUUAAUUUUUUCACAGAACAUUGCAGAGAAACAAGGACUUAUAAUUCAAGAUCUUAGGGCAGAAGUAGCAAAAAAAAUUGUUGACAGUGAAUCCUACCUCAGGGUCGAUGAAAACCUUACUGUCUAUCAUUCUGAUGGGAGUGUAGAAUUUGUAAGUUGUAAAGGGACCAAAUUUUGCACAUGCAUUGCGAAUAGCCAUGGAGAGGUAUGUGUAUGUAUAUUGGUUCACAACAUUCUGUACCCAACAUCAUCUGAGAACAUAUCUGAUGAUUCACACUGCUUUAGGUCCAGUGAGAGAAAACAAGUUACACUGCAAGCCAUGCUUACAGAUCUCCAUGAGUGGAGCAAAUCAGAAAAAUUUUGUGAGGAUAAUGAAGUGUACAGGUUAGUUGAAAGAGCACACAAGUUAGUUUUUUCACAGUUUACUAAACUGUCAAGAAAAAGAAAAGUGACUGCACUUCAUAAUUAUCGUAAAAGGGUCAAAAAAGCAAAAGAUGUAGUCACUGUAACCUACAUGGUCAAAAAGAAGAAAAAACGUGUUUGAUCUUGUAGAGAUAAGAAAUGUUUCAUUGAUGAAACAAUCACUAUUUGCUUUGCCUAGCCAAAAUGUUUUUUUUUUCCUCUUGCUGCUACUGUCUUUUUUCAAUGAGUGUUGUACAGAUACUUUGUAUAAGAACAAAUUAAAGGAACAAAUAUGAAUUGUAAGUAAUUGAGAUUAAAAAAAAUAAAUAAAAAACACAGUUCUUUGUAAUGUUUUAUUAAUUUUUUUUUGUACAGCUGAAC